AUGGCUGAACAGGCAGCACAAGUCGAAGGCGCCGAGCCACCUCCACCAGGACGGACUGCCAACCUGAACCACCCCCAGGAUGCUCUCUACAGUAUCAGUUUGGCGACAGCAGUGCUGACACUCAUCCUGCCCAUGCCCUUCCUCCUCGUGCGCGUGUACACGCCCUGGAAGCUCUCAUCCCCCCCGAAGGUCGAAGACUGGUCUUGCGCGGCGGCAUUCCUGUUCGGCAUCGCAUAUCUGGCCAGCGGCAUCGUGUUCGCCGAGCACGGGGGCGGGCACCACGUCUGGGAGGUGACGCUGUCGCAGCUGCAACGCAUCUUGGAGACGACCUACUGGAACUCUAUCGUCUACAGCCCCGCGGCGCUUUCUACCAAGACCACCUUGCUACUCAUCGCCGUGCGGGCCUUGCGGAGCAACAGGCUCUUCGUGUAUAUCGGCUACUGCCUCAUGACUGUCAUGGUGGGCUACUACGUGCCGGUGACGAUUCUCAAAAUCAUGACGCUUGUGUCAGAAUCCAUUGCAGAGAGGCAAAGCUGA